AUGUUUUCACGAAUCGGUAUAUUUGUAAUAGUCUUGUUCCACGCGUUGUCAGGGUUUGGGGAUGUUUUGGCUAUAAGCCUAUUUAAUAUCACCACCUGCGAGAUAUUUGAACGAGGGGCCCGAUUCGAUCCGUAUGCAGUCGUCGAUUCUCAAUGGAAAAUUAUAUAUUUUUGGUCAGACAACACAGAAAUAAAUCCAAUUAUAUUCUCCUUGUUAUCCAAGAAGAAGUUGGGUAAAUUUAGAGCAGUAGUAGAAGCUAUAGACCCCUACAUAACUGUUGAGUGGCACAAGGCGACCCUGUUGAUGGAACCGCGGCCCGGCGUUCAAGUACUACUCCUUUACGCAGGGACGCCGGGUGCCUUCCGAGGGCUUGUGAAAAUGGAACAACGACGGAAAGUGCGCCCACACCCAGAGCCCUUAAUAAAGUUCGCAGAUCUUCGAAUAAAAAUGGAGGGUCAAUAUAUUGGCAUGAUGUGUUGUGAAGAUAUGACAGCAUUUGUAAUGGCUCGAGUCGAUGAGGUGCCCUCUACAGAAAGAGAUUGUGUAAUCGCUGCAGCAACAUUAGGUCUCGAAGGACCCGGUGGAAGAUCUUAUUUAUACCUUCGAAACAUCACACGCACUGACCUUUAAUAAUUAUUUUAUCGAAGCUGUAUAGAUGAAUUUAACAAUGUUGAUAAAGCCUAAUCGUAUUUUCUAGAUUUAUACAAAUAAUGACCUCCGUAGCGGUCAAACAUAGCAACGCGGUUAGCCUCAAAGUGGUUACGACAAAUCCACGUACCACUGAACUAGGUUUUAGUCGGUAUUCACCUCAUACUGUAUGCCUACGAGCCCAUAUGUGAUUAAUGCGGUUUACCAGUGAAGUGUGUCUUUGGCUCUUGCGCUUAGAAUAAUCUAUUCUAAUCUAACAACGAAGCAUAACCAAACAAGUUAUCUAAGAGCGUAUAUUGUACGAAGUAAGUAUUAAAAUUGUUGUUUGCUUAUGUACGUCUAGCGCCGUAAUUACCUUUUGUUUCACGUUCCCUCGUUUAUUAUACUUAUCAAUUUUCUGUUCAGCUUAGAGUUAAAUUUUCUACAUCACUAGGUAAGUGGUGAUAUAUUUAUGUUUAAGACACAAUAUUAUGAGCUAGAA